UCGGAAUAACCAUAGCCACUUUGCUCUUCACCCUCACUUCACACUCCUCUCUCACACAGCUUCUCCAUACGCAAAGCAUAUACAGAAUCGGCGCCGGCCAUUUCUAUAUCUCUCUUUGUUUGUAUAUAGAGAGAGAGCGAGAUAGAUAGAGAAGCAGAUGGUGAGGAUAAUUCCCAUGGCGUCGUCCAUUCGCCCCUCUCUCUCUGUCUUCAGGUCGUCUUCCCCUCGCCUCGGCGUUUCCCUCUUCCCGAAUCCCUAUCGGAGGCUCAGUUUCUUCCAUCUCGGCAGUGCAGUUCCACAAUCACAGUUGUUCAGCCUGAAAGCUUCUAAACUGUUGAGAGCAGAAGGAAACAACAUGGCGAUUCGUGCUGCCGGAAAUAUGGCACAAGCCAGCACUGCUAUUACCCAAGAAGAGGCUCUAGAGUGGGUUAAAAAGGAUAAGAGAAGAAUGCUCCAUGUUGUGUAUCGUGUUGGGGAUUUGGACAGGACAAUAAAAUUCUACACUGAAUGCUUGGGGAUGAAGCUGUUACGGAAACGUGACAUACCUGAGGAGAGAUACACAAAUGCCUUUCUUGGAUAUGGGCCAGAAGAUUCACACUUUGUUAUAGAACUGACAUACAAUUAUGGAGUUGAGAAGUAUGAUAUUGGAACAGGUUUUGGCCAUUUUGGUAUUGCAGUAGAAGAUGUUGCCAAAACUGUGGAUCUCAUAAAGGCUAAGGGUGGAAAAGUUACCCGGGAACCUGGUCCAGUUAAAGGUGGCAAUACAGUUAUUGCGUUUGUUGAAGAUCCUGAUGGUUAUAAGUUUGAGCUUCUUGAGAGAGGCCCUACACCUGAGCCCCUUUGCCAAGUGAUGCUUCGAGUUGGUGAUCUUGAUCGGUCUAUUAACUUCUACGAGAAGGCCUUUGGUAUGGAGCUUUUACGGAAAAGGGAUAACCCUGAAUACAAGUAUACCAUAGCAAUGAUGGGCUAUGGGCCUGAAGAUAAAAAUGUUGUGUUGGAGUUGACUUACAACUAUGGGGUCACUGAAUACGAGAAAGGAAAUGCCUACGCCCAAAUUGCAAUAGGAACAGAUGACGUUUACAAAACUGCAGAGGCGAUUAAACUCCAUAGUGGGAAGAUUACCAGAGAACCUGGACCCUUGCCUGGAAUCAGCACGAAGAUCACUGCAUGCCUAGAUCCUGAUGGUUGGAAAACGGUUUUCGUUGACAAUCUCGAUUUCCUCAAGGAAUUGGAGUGACUUUGAGGAAUUGUCACAGAUCGCAAAAAAUGGAUCUUUGCUUGGACAGGCGACACGAUCAACCAAUGAAAGCUUCAUUUGGUCCUGGUGAAACCUUCUUCUUGGAGUAGUACCCCUGAGAGAACGAGUUAAAUCCUUUUUGUAGAUGUAAUUACUUUGAUUAUCACUGUAACCAGCAUUACUGAGAAGUCAACGAAAAACUGAAAUAUUUUUUUUUUUUUCCCUUGCCCCAUCUGUUUCAUCGAAAGCAUUCUUGAGUGAUAUAACAAGUAAUACGAAGGAAAAGAAAAGACAAGAAAAUUGCAGUGUCUGUAGGGAGCCUUUGCACAUGUAACACUCUCUUUUGAUCCUUUAUAUAGAGUUAGUUGGUCCUUAAAGUCUCCGCUUCAAACAUUUCCAUUCUGACUGUUUUGUUGCAAAUGUUGAAAUUCUUUCAUUUGAUGUGUAAGGCACAGUGUUGUUCAGUGUA